AAGCUUUCCAACAUAGUUUAUUGGCUGAAAUAUCCGAGGAUGAGCGAUUCCAUAGUAGGGACUGGCAGAGCAAUCCGACAACAUGAGUAAUGCCGUAGCGUACUGUUCUAGAGAAAGCCCCAUUCACUAAAAAGAGUACUGGAAUGGAUUAUCACGGGUAAAACUAGAGAGCCCUAGUACAUCAAUACUCCCAUUCGCCUUUACAGAACACGGUAUGCUCAUCCAUCCGAUCCCUCUGCAGAAUCCAUCCAAACCAUCACUGUUCCGUCCAGCCCACAACUAGCAACUAUUUUCUCCGUCGGGUGUGAGUCAACUCCCAAAACCACAUCUGGAUGGCCCACUAGAAGAUGAACAAUCUCCUUAGUCUGAAUGUCCCAAAUGAAGACAUCCGAGUUUUCCGACCCGGCCAUUCUGGGAAUCAAUCAUCAGCAUUUCUCCACGCGCACCAAGACCAAAAACUGCGAGAGGAUGACUCCUUACACAAAACAACUGCCAUUAGCAAUUAUGAAUGUUGAAAAUAUACUGUACUUUUCAUUCUUGUGCCCCAUGUAGGUUUUAAGGCAUUUACCACGGUGGUAGUCCCAUAACCGGACACAGCUAUCCUUGGUCCCAGCUAGGAGAUAUUUCCCAUUAGGUGAAAACUUGACAGCCAUGACAGGUGCAUUAUCUUCCUCGACCAACGUUCGAAGGCACUGGCCAGUAGUAACAUCCCAAAUCCGUAUCAACCCAUCGUGAGAGCAAGAGACGAUCAUUGUCCCAUCACGAUUGAAAUGGACGCCAGAAACCGGAUCUCCAUGCGCAGGUAAGGUUUUCAUGCACUUUCCCGAACGGAUAUCCCACAGACGAACAGCCUCAUCAUAGGAGCCGGAGGCCACGAUGUUACCGCGGGGCGAGAAGGCGACAGUAUACACCGCAUUAUGAUGGCCACGGAGAAGUCUGAGCAUUUUCCCCUAGGAAUGACUGGUCAGCCAACACAAUCAAUUGCUAGACCCAGAGGCUAUACGCUAGCAACAUCCCAAAGACGGAGGGUCUUAUCAUCGGAACCGGAAACUAAGGUGAGGGAGUCCGGUGCCCAGUCGAUAUCCGAUAUGCCUGCCAUGUGCCCUUCCAAUGUUUGCUCGUAUUUUCCAGUUUUUGCAUGCCAUAUCUUAAUCGUUUGGUCGGCCGCUAUCUACUUGUUAGACUACCCACAGUGGCCAAAACGAUAGCGUUGAGAAAGCACACAUACAGCAGCUCGCGAGCCAUGCGCCAUCAGGACUAAACUUCACGGAUGAGACGCCCAUCCUAUGCCCCUUGAGCGUGUAUUUCAGCGCGUAAUCGGGAACAGUCCGUGUAUCCGAUGAAUCUGACAUUCUCAAAUCGGUUUGCUCUGGCUGUGCGGGGGGUGGUUCCUGUGCUGACGUGGUGCGUGACAGGUAAGCAGAGCAGGGCCGGAGCAGGGCCGGAACUGUUUAAAGGAAGAGAUGGGCACUUCCCUUGGGGCCCAAGGUCACGGCAAAAUAAUGGCUUUCAUUGAGCUCAGCGGUGGGCAAAUGUGAAGCUCUGGGUUCACAUAUGCUAGGGCCCGAAAAUCGGUUGCCAAGCUCAAUAAUGAGCCAGAUGCGGCUCUCUCAAGGGCCAAGAGAACAGACGGAUUGUCAUGAUACACCACCGGUACCGGUAUCGAUACGCCGAUAUGCUCCAAGCAAGAGUACCGGCCGGUGUCUCAAGAACCAACCCCGGAUAGUAUGAUGCUCAACAAAGCAGAAACUCUUUGGUAGAGAGGUAUAUAGACUACCAACUCAGGGCCCUACUGUAUACCACGGAUGAGGGACUUCGUGUAUGGGUUUUACGGGAAUCAAUUUCUCGUGAUGUGGCAUCUUUAUUGGAGAUCGCACCUGGCAACCCAUACCGAUAGCAGGGCACUGCAGUCGAGUAUCUAAUAGAGGGGUGGUAUGGUUCCCCACUCCUCACCGUGAAAGCCCAGCCUUGGUGAUCCUUCAGAAGUUGAUGUGCAUCUACCCAGGUGUCGAACAAUAUCGGUAUGAAGGCGUGGGGAAGGGAGGAUCGUUUGGGGCUCUUCCACC